AUGGGUACCUUCCGCCUUUUGGUCCAUGCUGGAUAUCUUUUGGACCGGGUAAUUCAUCUGGUAUCGGACCAGGACAUCAAAGGCCAAACAUUUAUCCCGAGGCGAGAACAGCUCUACCGCACCAUGACCGCAUUGAUGUCUGUACUAGAAGUGGAGGAGAAAUGCUCCACUGCAUCCGUUCGGGUAGCGCGUAAUGUGCUAAACAGCGGCUUAUUUGUAUUGUUCCCCAUUGAAGACUCCCUUGAUACUGGGCUUGGGGCGUUGCAUGAUCAUAAACACCCACUCAACAUAUCUGCUCGAACGUGGCGAAGUCGAUAUCGGAUGUACUUGGAAGGGAGUCUCGGCGGGAUCGAUGAGAUCUAUCCGUUCUUGACUCACUGGGCGGUGUGUGUGUUCAGAUACCAUCAGUUUCAGUAUGAUCGCGACGGCCGUGUGGAGAAUAUGAAUGCAUUGGUGGAUGUGAGAAGCGCGUUGGAAGCUUUGGAUGGCAGAUGGAGGCUAGCUGUUUCCGUGGCAAAGUACUCCGAGGACGAACCUGCCUAUGGGCAGCGUAUCUUUGUCAAAUUGAUAGACGACAUAGCGUUGAACGAGCCCUGUCGGACUUUGCUUUCAAUCCCAUGCUCUGCUGAUCCAAGAGAUGGGUGGCAAGAUCUGAGCUUUGGCAUGUUUGCAAACGCUGUAAAUCGGCUUUCUCACUGGAUUACAGACCAAGUUGGACUUGCUCAAGAAGGCACAUUUCCAACAGUGGCCUAUAUUGGUCCCAAUGAUGUCCGCUAUCUGAUACUUUUAGCCGCUACGAUCAAGACGGGAUACAAGGCAUUUUUUAUUUCCCCGCGCAAUGACAUGAAAAGUCAACUCUCUCUCUUCGAAUCCACCGACUGCCACUGGCUUUGCUACGCACCGGAGUAUGCGUCGAAGGUACAACCAUGGUCAGACAUUCGCCCGAUGAAGUCAAACGCCAUUGAUGCAAUCAAGGACCUGAUCCACGAAAAACCAGCCCCUUUAUUUCCGUACAAAAUACCAUAUGAAAAGGCGAUCAAUGAACCUGCGAUGGUCUUGCACACAAGCGGCAGUACAGGGACCCCCAAGCCGAUUAUCUGUCGCCAUGGGAUCCUGACACUUAUGGAUGCAUACCACCACAUCCCCGAAUUCUCUGGGUUCCCUUGCUUCUUUAAGGCUUUCUCAGAUAAAACAACGAAAGUGUUGUGUACCAUGCCAUUCUUUCAUGCCGCUGGGCUAUAUUUUUUCCUAGGCUUGUCUAUAUAUUGGGGUACUCCAAUAGCACUUCCAAUCCCAGAUAAACCUUUGACAGCCGAUGCAAUCCGCACUUUUAUUCACGAGUCCUAUUCAGAUGCUGCUUUCAUACCACCAUCUGUCCUUGCGGAUAUGAGCUAUGAAGAGGAUGAUAUUCAAGCCCUUCAAAGCCUGAAUAUGGUGACUACCGGUGGCGGCAAGCUGGAUGACGAAGCCGGUGAUAGGCUUGUCAAAGCUGGUGUCAAACUCACAAUCGCGAUUUCAACUACAGAAUAUGGGUUGUAUCCCCUGUAUAUCCAGCCGGAUGUGAAGCUCUGGAAGUAUUUCGUUUUUGAUGACGAAACAUUCGGCACCCAUUACGAGCCAUCAGGAGAAAAUGCAUUCGUGCAAGUGAUCAGACGCAAGGAAAAGAAUCCCGGCCUGCAAGGCAUUUUCUACACCUUCCCAGACCUCGCUGAAUAUAACACCAAUGACCUGUAUCAGCCGCAUCCAACCUUAGCUCAUCACUGGCUUCACGUCGGACGUGCAGAUGAUGUCAUUACGUUCUCUAACGGAGAGAAGCUUAACCCAGUAACAAUAGAACUCACUGUUGGUCGCCAUGCCGAAGUCAAUCAGGCCAUUGUUGUUGGCCAAGGUAGGUUUCGGGCUGCACUAUUCAUUGAUCCAGUGGUGGUGCCUGAAAGCGAAGACGAGGCCAAGGCUCUCAUCAACAGAGUCUGGCCAUUGAUUGAGCGAGUGAACAAAGACACUGUUGCACAUGGCCAGAUUGCCAAGAAUAUGGUCCGUCUAUGUGAUUCAGCCAAGCCAGUUCCUUAUUCCUCUAAGGGAUCUCUUCAGAGGGGCAGAUUCCUCAAGCUGUAUGCGCGCGAAAUGGAUACUCUCUAUGACACAGAAGGAAAUCAUGAGGCCAUUGUGCUGGAUUUUACAAGCAAAGAGUCUAUGUUUGAUUCUAUCAAAUCGAUAUUCAAGUCACUCUCCAUCACUACUGAUCUUGAUCCGGAAACUGACAUAUUCGUUGCGGGUAUCGAUUCCCUGGGGGCCAUCAACUUAGCAAAAAAAUUGACAGACGGGCUUCAACACGCUGGUAUACCUACCGAGAAAUCAAAAAUCACUGCACAGACCAUUUACCGAAAUCCUACCCUAGCGAGGUUGACAGAGUUUAUUUUACUGCGUGGCUCCAAGAAAUUUUCUGAGUCAGUCUCUAUCUCAAAGGCAGGAGACACCGAGGCCGCAGCCACUAUAUUGAAAAAAUACAGCAUUGAAACUGCACUGAAGACAGCUUCAGAAAAGCCAUCCCCUCAAAAGGAGGGCCAACUCGUCAUUUUGACAGGCUCAACAGGGAGUCUGGGCUCCUACCUGUUGGACUUCCUUGAGAGAUCCCCCUUGAUCUCGUAUGUUUUCUGUCUAAACCGUGCAGCAGACGGCGGCCUAGAACAGCAAUUGCUCUCAAACAGUCAGCGCAACCUCACUACUAUGUUUCGGAAGACAAAAUUCCUCCAGGCAGAUCUUACMAAGCCAUACCUGGGACUUGACAGCGCCACCUAUCGCGAACUUCUUGAUUCAGCAGAUCGCAUCAUUCACAAUGCAUGGCCUGUGAAUUUCAACCUCUCCAUCGAGUCCUUCGAGCCAAGUAUCCUCGGCGUGAAGAACCUCACACUUUUCUCCGCGCAAGCACAAAAGCAGGUCCCAAUUGUCUUUAUCUCCUCCAUCGGUGUUGCUACUCAAUGGCCACACCUGGAGACUAUUCCCGAAUCGCCUUUGCACGAUUUAAGGGUCGCCUCGCCCGGAUAUGGCCAGUCCAAAUUGAUUUCAGAGCAUCUUCUUGCCCAAGCAACAGAAAAGCUCAAAGUCCCCGCGUCAGUUAUCCGCGUAGGACAAAUUGCCGGCCCUCGCGGGGAAAAGGGUAUGUGGAAUAAGCAAGAAUGGCUGCCUACAAUCAUUGCAUCUUCAGUUCGAAUGAGGAAAUUGCCAUACGAGCUUGGUAGUCUCGAUGUAGUGGACUGGGUUCCUGUUGAUGAUGUUGCCGCCAUCGUUCUUGAAAUUGCCGGUGCUACCUAUCCCUGGUCGUCGUCCACAGGCCGCUGUAAUUAUUACCACAUUAUAAACCCGGCCAAGACACCAUGGAAAAGUCUUGCAUUGUCUGUGAAGGAAUUCCUCAAGGAGCAAGGGCAUGACUUGGACCUCGUGUCUCUGCAGGAGUGGGUUGACGCUUGCGAGGAGAGUCUGGAGACUGAUGUUGAGAAUCCUGCUGUGAAGCUGUUGGACACAUACAAGUCACUUAUCCACAGUAAUCGUGUCUCAUUCUCCACAAAUGAGACUUGUGCUGUGAGCUCUACUUUGUGCAAUUUGGGCUCAUGUGAUUCACAAAUGAUGAGGCGGUGGUGUCAGCAAUGGGGCCUGUAA